UGCUUCGUAUUGCAGUUAGCAGCGUAUAUUACUUCAACUCAGCGAAAUGUCUGGCCGCGGCAAGGGAGGCAAAGCGAAGGGAAAGGCGAAGUCCCGCUCCAACCGAGCUGGUCUGCAAUUUCCUGUCGGUCGUAUCCACAGGCUUCUCCGUAAAGGGAAUUAUGCCGAGCGUGUCGGUGCCGGUGCUCCGGUUUACCUCGCCGCUGUCAUGGAGUACUUGGCGGCUGAAGUGUUGGAAUUGGCCGGCAACGCCGCUCGUGACAACAAGAAAACCAGAAUCAUCCCGAGGCACUUGCAACUGGCCAUCAGGAAUGACGAGGAGUUAAACAAAUUGCUCUCCGGUGUCACGAUCGCUCAAGGUGGUGUACUGCCGAACAUCCAAGCAGUGUUGUUGCCAAAGAAGACCGAGAAGAAGGCAUAACUUGCAACACCGAAAACAUCACAAAUGGCCCUUUUCAGGGCCGCAAAUGUCUCAAAACGUGGGAAUUCCAAUUCGCAAUCAACCUCAAGAAACUUUCCAUUUAUUCAUUCCUACUAUUAAACAUAAAAUUGAAGUGUAAAUAGCGUAUAUAAAGAACUGAUUCUUAAUAUUAAAUUACGACGCUAUUGUUUCCCUCACUUUCGAUUCAGUUCAAAUUGAUUACAAUUCAUUUAUUAAUAACAAAAGUUUUAUUGCA